AUAAUUCCAGUUCCCGAAGUGGCAACAGUUUCGGACGAAGCGGAGAUGUUAUGUGGUCUCGUUUUAAUUCGGUACGAAACGUUCGGGAGAUCAGCUACUAUAUAUCAGCUUUUCAAGAUUGAAAGAAAGAUAUAUGUUAAUCCUUUCCUCGUUCAAUGUCCUUGGCUGAUCUUCUUCGAAGACAGAAGUUGACGGAACGGAGACAACUACAUAUAUGACGUAUCACAUAUUUACUUACUUACUUAUUUACGUAUGCGUUUAGUUUCGUCGAGCGUGAAAUUGAUACGUUUCAAAUAGUAGUCGCUCGUAAUGUUUUUCGAAAGUACAAAGAAGAGCUCGUUCUAUCGCGAAUUAAAAGUGAUAAAUGAAAAUCGCCCAUCGCGAUCUCUCGAUAUAUCAGUGACUAAAUGUCCGUUGCUCUCGAAUCAUCCUUCCGAUGUUUCUAUUUAAGUCGACGCGAAAGUAAAAAGUGAAAGUAAAGAAAAAUUACCUUAUUUCUGAGGAGAGGUGAUAUCACACGCAGGUGAACGUGAGUCUGCAAUAAUGAAUGUCCGGUCUAUUUUUUACCAUAUUUUAUUCUAUGCCGUGAUUUUUGUAUUAAAUGAAUGUGAUGUCGUUUAUGCUGAAAAACUGAAAAUAUGCGUCGUUGAAAGUGUCAAUACCAACAAAACGAUUAACAAAAUCUGUCCGAAUAUGAAAAUUUUUCCAUUUCAAUGUGUCAUUGCGAAAAACAGGUUCGAUUGUUUACGAAAAUUAACGACUGGCGAUGCCGAUAUAACGUUGUUGCAAGCGGAAGAUCUUUUAGCAGCGUCAAUGUAUAACAAGUAUAGUUUUCUAGUCACCCACGAAUUAAGACUCUUCUCUGAGGCUAAACAACAAUUCGAAAUGGUAGCUUUAGUACGACGAAAUAUUAAUAACAUGUGGGAUACCAAAGAGAAAAGAUUUUGUCACCCUGGAUUUGAAACUACUGAUACUUAUACCAAAGCUCUUUCGAUGUAUUUCGAAAAUUGGAUUAUACCUAAAGAAUGCGAUCCAGAAAAAACAUUGUUAGAAAAUAGAGUAGCACGAUUGUCUGAUUAUUUCGAAGCGGCUUGCAUCGCUGGUCCAUGGAUCGCUGACGCAACGUUCGACACAAAACUAAAAUCAAAGUACAAAAAUCUUUGUUCACUUUGCGACAAUUCAGCUAGUUGUUAUACCGGUGACAAGUAUUAUGGACGAGACGGUGCUAUAUUAUGUUUAACUGAUAAUGUUGGUGACAUUGCAUGGGUUAGAUUAGACGAUGUUCUUCAAUAUUUCAAGAAUGUCGAAGCUAACAAGGAAGAUUAUGCAUAUCUCUGUCCCGAUGGUAUGACGAGAUCAGCAAAAACUGACAAUCCAUGUAUUUGGCUGAGACAACCUUGGCCAGUUAUCGUCGCUAGAAAUAAAGUAGCAGAGAUGGCCGUUGAUAUGAUCGAUUUAACAAUCAAUUCGAAGAAUGUAUGGAAGAAUACACUUCAAGAUCUUUUAGCGCCUUAUCAUUCGACGUUUGUUAAAACGGAAUCUUUGGAAUCACCGACAGAUUAUUUGCGACGAUAUCCUGGUUUCUUGAGUGCCAACGAUCGUGCGACAUGUCAACCUUCCAGACGUGUACGUUGGUGCGUUUCCUCAGAUAUAGAAGAUCAGAAGUGUCGAUGGCUAAGAGAAGCGUCCUUCGUAUACGGUAUCGAACCUGCUAUAUCGUGCAUUCAGGAAUCUAACAGAAUUUCUUGUCUCGAAGCAAUAAGAGAUCAACGUGCUGAUAUAUUUGUGAGCAGACCCGAGGAACGUCUCGAAGUUAGCAAAAAGCGAUUGAAACCUAUAUUGCAAGUAACAUCCAAUAAAAAAAACGAUUUCAACAGAAUCGUCGCAAUCGUUAAAAGUAAUUCCGUAUUCAAAAGUUUUAAGGAUUUGAAAGGAGCUAAAGCCUGUUUUACGGGAUAUGAAAGUAUAGGUUGGAACUCAUUCGUAACAAUUAUGAAAAAUAUAUCGAAAGACAAUUGGGGUUGUUCGAGUGUUAAAGCUGUUGGAAAUUUUUUGGGAGACAGUUGUGUACCAGGAAUAUUAUCUGUUAAGAAUAUAGAUGCUCCACGGAAUUUGUAUUCCUUGUGUACAACAGAUAUGAAUGUUGAUGACGAUAUUAAUACAUUGUCUUGCCUAACAUCUGGUCGUGCCGAUGUGGUUUUCGUCAAUUUAAAAAAUGUACGAAAAGAAAUCAAUAUAUCAAAUACAGAAUCAUCAAAUUUAACAAACGGAAAGUAUAGAAUUUUGUGUGCAAAAGAAACAGAAAAGGGAAAAGAAGAAGAAAUGUGUUCCUUAACAUGGACUACGCUUGGCGCGGUAGUAGCGCAUGAAAAUAUUACCGAUUUGAGAUACAAUGAAAUUUAUUCGAUGUUGCUUAGUAUGGAUCAAUUAUUUGGAACAAAUACCAAGGGAUAUACUAGUGCUUUCUCUUUGUACGGGACAUACGAUGAUCAUCAAAACGUUAUUUUUCCAGAAGAAUCACAACAUCUACAACUUGAAGUUAGCAAGUUACAACAAAUUCGAAAUUACGACGACAUUGUAAAAGAAAUAAUGAUACAACCAACUUGCAACAGUGCACAGAAUUGGAGUUCAUGUUUCGACAAAAUUAAUUUAUUAGGAUUAUUAAUUUUAAUUGCACUUUUUACUAUAAAUUGAUUAUAAAAUGUAAAUGAAUAUCACAAUGUUUUCUAUUCCCCGUGAAAUUAACUUUAUAAAUAUAAAUACUAUAUACACACAGAUAUAUAUGACUAUAUUAACAAAAUAGAUAGAAUAGCAUGUAUAUAUUUUUGUUUUAUUUACAAUUUAUAUAAAAUUUCUUAUAGU